AUGUCUACCACCAGAAACCAAGCUUCCACCAGCAAGAAAGCUUUCACCGGCAAGAAAGCUUCCACCAGCAAGAAAGCUACCAGCAGCAGCCAAGAUUCCCCCAGCAACGAAGCUACCGGUAAAUCCAGUGUAUCAUGGUACGGUGAUCAGCAUCUUACCAAAAACGAGUUAAACCCUGACGGAUUGACAUCAAUUGAUAUCUUGAUGGGAUGGAUCACAAGAGAUGGAAACUUCAGUAAAUGGAGAGGCGAAAAGAACGACGGAAUGACAACCGCUGCCAACAAAACAAUACUCUGUACUUAUCGAAAGGCUGAAACAUGGAGGAACCAAACUGGCCAAGGUAUCCUUGACAGUGCUACUGAUGAUAAUCGUGAAGAAAAGGAGAUUUCUGUUUUAGACACUUGCAUUAAGAAGUAUAAGGGGUACACUGAGAUCGAGCCAUUUUUCCGCGACUCGGCUAACUCUGUGAUUAUUCCUUUUAACGAAGAUGCGGAUUAUGACAACGUUGAAGAAAUAAUGUUUGGCAACGAUGACAGCGAGAGCGACGCUGAGUUUGUUCAGCACGACGAAGGACCAGUUGUUGAUGUACAAUCAGCUCCCACCGCCACUCCCAUCACUCCCACCACUCCCAUCCCUCCCACCACUCCCACCACUCCCACCACUCCCACCGCUCCCACCAAUUCUACCGCUCCUACCAAUCCUACCACUACCGCCGAUGCCACCACUCCCACUGCCCCUACCACCGCCGCCACUCCCAUCACUGCUACCAUUUCAAUUAAUAAUGAUGAUGAUCCUUCUGUUGUCUCUCUUGUCCGAUCAACAUCGAGCAAAAAGAAAAGAUUGGCAAGUCAUGCCAUUGUGGACACUGUUCUGGAGUCAAGUGAGAGACCAAAUGAGUUGACAAUCAAAAGAAUGAGAGUUCUGGAGCGCGAGGUCAACGCUCGAAUUGAGCAAGACCUGUUUGACAGGAAUUGGCGUCAAGAAAUGGAAGAGAAGAAGGAUGAUGAGCGUGUUCGUCAAGAGACAAAAGAUGCUGCUGAUCGAAAGCACCAAGAAAGGCAGGUGGCUAUGGCCAAUCUUGGGUUGCUCAUAAGCAAUAAGAUGAUUACGAAGGAAGAAUACUUCGCCGAAAUAGACAAGUUAAAUAAUCAUCAUUAAUUUUUUUUUUUCAAUAAAUAAUUGUUUUUUUUUCAUAUGUUUGUUACUAUUAAAAUGAUGGGCGUGAAUCAGCU